UCUUACGUCUCUUCUUUAUUCAUUUCCUGGGCAAGAUUUUGUGUGCAUACUGUCGAAUUAGUAGCGACUCUCGAAGGGUGCGUGUUGUGUGUCUAGAGUCUAUGAGUUUGCUUUCAAGCGAGAUCUGUUACAUGUCCAUGGAAAUGAACGUGAAUCCGCAAGUCGCAGGAGAAAAAAGGAAAGCAUGGUCAAUUGAAUUUGACGUCAACAAAGUUUGCAAUUUCAGCGUUUGCUUGAUGAAGCAAGGUCGUCUGGAAGAAGCUGAAGCCGUUCUUCAGAGAGUGACCGUAGCGUGUACUGGCAUUCGGUGGCCAUCAGAUUCUCAUCUUAAAUCCUAUGAGCGCGCUCAGGAUUUGUUAAAAGAGUUAGAGUCCUCCAUAGGGUUGAAGGGAUCUCAUGAUGAUAUUCUACAACAGUUGAGCUCAUUUACCAUUCCAGGUUGUAACUCAGAUGUGAGUGCUCAUGACUCAUCCUUGUGGCAACCCCAGCCAGCCAUGCCACGUCAACCUCGUCGUGCCUCUCGGUCUGCUCUGGAAAAACUUUCUCGGUCUAAUAUUGACCCGUCUAUGUCUGGUGCCUUCGUAGCCACUUCAGGAUUUGGCCCUGCGCAUCAUACCAGACUGGACAUGACCGGGAGCUAUAGAACACAGUCUUGGCUACAAGAUGGUAGCUGCUCUGGAAGUUCCAGUGGUUGGGAUGAAGAUGAGUUCGAUGACGCAUCUCCUGAUGAAUGCUCUGAUGGAUAAGAUUUUCAAGGGUACCCGCACGAGUUUAUCAGUUCCAACCCCACUGCUACUGAGAACGAAGAGAUGCAAUGGCAUAUUGAGACUAACUUGCGGGAGUGGUUGUACAAAGCGAUCGCUUUGAAGAAUGGUCUGUCUGAGAGGCAGCUUGGGAUGGAAGGCGAACAUGAAGCUCACAAGUCUUUUCCUGUCGCAACGCAGCACGUGACAUGAGAUCAACUACUGGAGCUCAAUCUUGUAUCCUAGUUGCAAAGCCAACACAAUCCCUCUCGUUGAAGCUUUCUAGGAUGCUAAUUAAAAAGUUCUUAGAUAUUGCUAAACCUCUUCCUUACCAGCACUCAAACUCAAAUUACUUUCCCUCAGGUCACACUGACGUUGAGAAACAGAGGACAAUCAAAGUUGAGGAAGAAAAGAGUAUUCGAGAUUUACUGGACUUCACUUUCAACCUUGAUGACCUCGACUUCGGUCGUUCCAGUAACAGGUUUGAGACCAAUGAUGAAAUUCAGGACUCUUCUUUUAAUCGUGAAUUUGCAGAAAGAAUUACUUUCAUUUGACAACGUUUUUGCCUUAGAGAUGAAUAUAAGGCGGCAACGAAGAUUCCUGGUUGUACGCUUUUCUAGUGAUCACUCUA